AUGACUGUCCAGGAGGAAGUUGCGCCUCGUAGAAAAGCUAGGAUCGCGCAGUUCGCCGAGUCUGCAGAUGACAGCUUCGACGACCAAGAGAACCGUCCUGGGAGUGCAGACUCGCAGAUAUUGUUCCAGAAGCCGUAUGUGCGACCGAAGAAGGCGGAAGAACAGCACCUGCCAGAGCGGACGAAGGUGCGGAAGCUGAGCAACGACAAUAAGAAGCCUGUUGAUGACUUCCGCAUGUCGCUUUGGGAUGAGGCGCUGAUGCUGGGGAUGAAAGAGGAGGACGCAAAGUCCACCGACCCAAAGGCGGAUUUGCAGCGCAUGAAGGCGGAGCAAGCGAGGCGGAAGGCAAAGGAUGCUGCAGCGAAAGUGGACGCGAAUAAGAAGGCGAGGCGAGCCAUGAAUAGUGAAUGGUUCCUGGGUUGA